GAUUAAGUUUAUAACGCAUUUUAAAUAAAAGUGCCGGUUAGGGAAAAAAUUGUCAGAGUCUUAAAUGCCGUAGAUCUGUUAGCAGGGAUUUAUUUUCACAAUGGUGCCCAAACUCGUUGUAGGAAUUGCACUAGUUUACAUCAGCGUUGAAAUUGUUUCAGCUGCUACAGAUAAAGUGGUCUGUUAUCAUGGGAUCUGGUCCGCUUACAGAAGAGGUAAUGGCAGAUUCACUGUCGAAGACAUCGAUCCGACGCUCUGCACGCAUCUUAUUUAUUCAUUUGUUGGUAUUACGGAUGAUGGAAGCGUCAGACAUCUUGAGGAGAAUUUGGAUAUUAAUCAGGGGAAUAUUAAGCGGUUUAAUGCCUUGAAACAAAAGAAUAAGAACUUAAAAACCCUGUUAGCCAUCGGUGGCUGGAAUGAAGGUUCGCUCAGAUAUUCUAAUGUUGCGGCAAGCGCUAGCAAAAGAGCUAAUUUUAUUAAAAGCGCUCUAAAUUUGGUGCGAAGUUAUGGAUUUGAUGGGUUCGAUCUGGAUUGGGAGUAUCCAGGACAACGCGGAGGAGCUGCAGUAGAUAAACAAAAUUUUGCAAUCUUGAUAAAAGAAUUUAGGACGGAAUUUGACAAACACGGUUUGCUCUUAACGGCUGCUGUUGCGGCUACUUCUGGGUCGGUGGAUUUGUCCUACGAUGUUCCAGCCUUGUCUAAAUAUUUAGAUCUUAUUAACGUAAUGGCAUACGACUUACAUGGUUCUUGGGAUGAUGUUACUGGACAAAAUGCCCCUCUGUACCCAUCAUCUGUUGAUGUUACUGCCAAUCAGAAGCUUUUGACUGUAGAUGCUGCCAUCCGUGGCUGGAUACAAAGAGGAGCUAAUCCACAAAAAAUAGCACUCGGAUUAGGAGUGUAUGGAAGAACGUACACUCUGGCAAAUCCAAAUAACAACAAUAUUGGAGCUGUCGUUAGUAAUCCUGGACAUGCGGGCGAAUACACGGGAGAAGCUGGAAUGUUGGGAUACAACGAAAUCGUAGAAUUACAAAAAGAGGGUGGUUGGACAGUUAAAUUUGAUGACAAUCAGAAGACACCAUACAUGUACAAAGGCAACCAAUGGGUUGGUUUCGACAAUCCGAGAUCCAUCUCAAUUAAAACUGAAUACGCUAAAUCACUGAAUUUAGGAGGUGUCAUGAUUUGGUCUAUUGAAACAGAUGAUUUCAAAGGAAUUAGUGGUACCAAAUAUCCGAUUCUUAGAACCAUCAAUCAAGCACUUGGAAAUACUGCCAACGAGAAUUUGGUUCCUGAUCCAGCUCCUGAACCAGCACCUGCUCCAGAGUCGGAACCCGAGCCAGCUCCUCAGCCAAGUACAGACAUCGGAAAUGUUUGCUCCAAAGUCGGAUAUGUCAGAGAUCCUAACGACUGCUCUAUCUUUUAUUACUGUUUGCACCAUAAUGGUGCGUUUAUUCCCUUAGAACAAAGGUGUAACAGUGGUCUAGUGUUUGAUGAGGCAAACUUGAGAUGCGAUUAUCCGAGUAUAGUACAAUGUUAGAAGUAUUUUACUGUACAAACACUUUUUUAAGUACUAUUUUUCAACUGA